AUGGUUCGUCUAUACCAACUAGUCGCUUUCUGUAUAUUCUUUCAUCAGUGUGCAGCACAAUUAGGAGCAGAGAUAUUUUAUCCUGAAAACAAUGCUACAAUCACUCCUGGAGAGAAAAUUAAUACACAAUUUAGAUACAAUAAUAUGGGAUCAGGUCAAUAUACAUUAGAUAUAAACCUUUGGAAGGAUAGUGGAGCAAGAGAAUUGGCUUAUAACGUGGCAAAGGGGGUCUCUCUUCCCGAAGGAAAUAUAUCAGGCACUCAUAAUGACUUUUCUAUGAAUGGAACUUACAGCUGGACUGUGCCUCAUGGUUUAGAUGAAUUGGUAUACUUGACAGUACAUGCUAAUGUCAGUCUUCAGGGAUCAGUUCUUACCAUGCGAUCAGGUUUUGUUAUGCUUCAUGUCAACAGCGCUCUUUCUCAUCUACCGAUGCCUUCAUGGAUGCUCCUGAUACUUACUAUUUUUAUUCUUACCAUUCUUUAA